GUUGAUGCCACAGAAAUUGCAAUCUUGUUCGCCCUCUGCUACUACUUUCGAAUAUUUAUUGCCAAACGGUGAUUUCGUGCCCGGCUUAUUGCUGCCGUGCUAACGCACGAGAAAGUGAGCGACCAGUCGGAGAAGCAGAAAUCUGUUCGUGUCCGGUGGUUGAUGGUGGUUGCUAGUUUUGUGCUACUUUCUGUGUGCUGAUCAUUCGAACGUUGUGUUAUCUAAUAUCGCGACCGCGAUUAAUCCGUGCCGGUUGCCACCGGCCAACGUAACAGGACAGCAUUGUGCAAGGCAAGAUCGGUUCAAUUGAGUGGCGCCAUAAACUAUCGCCCGUUUCGCUGCAGUGACGACGCGUUUUCCGUCUUGCAACCAUGGCAACGAAAAGGAAUGAUAGUAGCAGCAGCGACAACAUGAUUUCCCUGGGUUGGAAAUUCUUGAACAAGGAAACGUUCGGAAAUGGCGAGCGAGCUAACUACGUCAACAGUCCGCAUGUGAUCGCGAUGGUCGGGCUGCCGGCCCGCGGUAAGACGUACAUCUCGAAGAAACUGUCCCGCUACCUGAACUGGAUCGGCAUCAACACGAAGGUGUUCAAUCUUGGCGAGUACCGGCGCCAUGCCACAGACGCCUACCGAAGCCACGAGUUUUUCCGCCCGGACAACGAGGAAGCAAUGGCAAUCCGACAGCACUGUGCCGAGCUGGCGCUCGAGGACGUCUGCAAUUGGCUCGAGAAUGGAGGUGAAGUGGCGGUGUUUGAUGCGACAAACUCAACACGCGAUCGGCGCCAGAUGAUCCGCGAGAUCGUGGUGAAGAAGAUGGGCUACAAGCUGUUCUUUGUCGAAUCGAUCUGUGAUGAUCCGAGUAUCAUCGAGCAGAACAUAAUGGAGGUAAAGAUCAGCAGCCCUGACUAUCGCAACAUGAAUGUGGAUGAAGCCCUGUCCGAUUUUCGACUGCGCAUCGAACACUAUCAGGAGCGGUACGAGGUACUGAGUGAGGAGCUGGAGAAGGAUUUGUCCUAUAUGAAGAUCUACAACACUGGCGAGAAGGUGGUCGUACACAAGCACGAGGGCCACAUACAGUCCCGCAUCGUCUACUAUCUGAUGAACAUUCACAUCACACCGAGAACGAUUUAUCUGACCAGACACGGUGAAAGCGAACACAACCUACAGGGACUGAUUGGUGGAGAUUCGAACCUAAGCGAACGCGGUCGUCGCUACGCACAAGCACUGGCGAAGUACAUCGACGAGCAGCAAAUUGAAGGACUACGCGUCUGGACCUCGUGGCUCAAGCGAACCAUCCAGACGGUAGCAGACGUGAACGCACCACAAGAGCGCUGGAAGGCACUGAACGAAAUCGACGCCGGUAUCUGUGAGGAGAUGACAUACGAGGACAUUCAACAGCAGUUCCCGGAGGAGUUUAAAGCACGUGAUCAAAACAAGUUCGCUUAUCGUUAUCCACGAGGCGAGAGCUAUGAAGACUUGGUCGUUCGGUUGGAACCGGUCAUGAUGGAGCUCGAGCGACAGGGGAACGUCCUUGUCGUUUCACAUCAGGCCGUGCUGCGCUGCGUUCUGGCGUACUUCCUGGACAAAUCGGCCGAUGAACUACCGUAUUUGAAAGUGCCUCUUCACACGAUCAUCAAACUGACACCGGUCGCAUACGGCUGCAAGGUGGAACACAUCAUGCUGCCCAUCCAUGCCGUUGAUACGCACCGUGGCAAACCGGAGAACGAGCAGCAGGAGGACGAUCUGGACGACUCCUUCGACAGCACCGUCGGCGGUAGCCCACCGAACGGAAAGCAGAUCCUUAUCAAUGGCACGAACGGAGAAUGUCGCUUCUUCCCCAACAACUCCUAGAGCCAUCUCGAGCACAACAAACACCCACAAAAAACACAUUCACAGCCUCACAGCUCUCUUCCCUGGUGGAGGUUCCGGGCCAGCUGGAUGCAAAGUUCGUGGGAAAACCGGACCCCAAUCCGACGGAAAAGAAGUAGACACGGAUAGCACGAUCGAACUCUGGCGUUAAUGAGCAAAAUGGAUCGGAUCGGAGCAGGGAGUCGUCCUUAAAGAUGCAUUUGAUUCGUUGCCCGAGAUCCCCACGAAAAAAAAAAACGUUCCGUUGGAAUCAGCCACCAAACGAGCGACGGGUAGCCGGUGUUCUUUGAGGCUAAAUAGUGAUCCCAGAGGCGAUGACUUAAGUUUAGGAACCACCCGUCCCUACAUUCUUUUCCGCAAUGGCGGCGGCGUAGCAUCACUUUCUCAUCUGCAGAACAAUGCAGAACCACCCAGAACAAACAAACACAAACACCUGUAAAUAAUAUUACAGUGCUGUACUAAGGAAGCUUUAUGUUCGUCGAGUUUGUGUUGCUGUGGUUUGCUUUUAUAUGUUUUUUUACAACAGGCAUGAUUUCGUGUCACGUGUUAUAAUACUUUCUAUAUUUUUUUAAGUUAACAUAUGUUUUAAUACUCUUAGCAAUCCCGCUAUAAUAAUAGACCAGAACAAAGUAAGUGUCCCACGCAGAAGGUGUGUAGGAGGGGAAAAAGACAAGCGAGUGCAGAGUUUCUAUCGCUGCAUUCCACGUGUUACGUUAUGCGAAAAGCUCUUCAGUUGGGACAUCGCUGUAGGCUAGGGAAGAAUCAGAAAAACAUGAUCUAUUAUGCGAAAGAAAAAGAUGAUUGGCAAGGAGGGAGUGCUAUGGACUAGGCUGACACAAAAAGUGAAAAGGCUUAAUAAAAUUGACCAAUAUCAAGGCAAGACCAUAGGAAGUGGAAA